UAGCUCAGGUAAGGAGAGCUGAGGAAAGAGUCUGGGAAGGUACAUGGAAAUACACCAUGCAGUUCUGGAGUUUUCUAAGCUGUGCCAGUGCAGAUAUUUCAAGGAUAUCAUAUUACGCAGAAUAUGACGGACAGUUAGCACCCACCAAAGCCAUGGCAGCGGCUUACCUGGACCCCAACCUGACCCAUGCCUUGAACCAGGGGGUCAAGCCUCGCUUCAGUGCAGGGAUGGAGCGCACGGCAGGGGCUCUGGAGCGUGUACUCAGAGUCUUCCACUACUUCGAGAGCAGUAGUGAACCCUGCACCUGGGCCAGCAACAUCCGACACGGGGACUCAACCGAUGUCAGGGGCAUUAUACAGAAGAUCGUGGACAUCCAUAAGGUGAGGUGUGUGUCCUGCUUUGGUCUGCGCCUGAGCCACCCGAGAACAGGUGAAGUUCAUUGGCUCCACCCCGACAUGGGCGUGUCUCACGUGAGGGAGCGGUACGAGCACAGCCAUCCCCAGGACGACUGGAGAUAUGAGCUACGGAUUCGAUACUUGCCUAAAGGAUUUUUAAACCAGUUUACUGAGGACCAGCCAACUCUCAACUACUUUUAUCAUCAGGUGAAAAGUGAUUAUAUGAUGGGGAUUGCCGAUCAUAUUGAUCAAGAUGUAGCACUUAAACUUGGCUGCCUUGAAAUCAGGCGGUUUUUCAGGGACAUGCGUGGAAACGCCCUGGAUAAAAAAUCAAAUUAUGAAUUAUUAGAGAAGGACGUUGGUCUGCGGAGAUUCUUUCCAAAGAGUUUAUUAGACUCGGUAAAGGCUAAAUCCCUGCGGAAACUGAUCCAGCAGACUUUUAAACAGUUCGCCAAUCUGAACGACGAGCAGUGUAUCCUCAAGUUCUUUGAGAUCCUUUCACCUAUAUACAGAUUUGAUAAGGAGUGUUUUAAAUGCGCUCUCGGGUCGAGCUGGGUGAUAUCAGUGGAGUUGGCCAUCGGACCCGAGGAGGGCAUCAGUUAUCUGACAGACAAAGGCUCAAACCCAACACACCUCGCUAACUUCACACAAGUGCAGAGUAUCCAGUUCGAGGAGCGAGACAGGAAGGGAAUGCUGCAGUUAGACGUGGCUGGAGCACCUGAGCCUCUGACAGUAACAACUACAGCACUGAACACAGCGGAGAACAUGGCCGAUCUCAUUGAUGGUUACUGUAGACUUGUUAACGGAACUUCUUCAUCGUUUAUUGUCCAUGUACAGAAAGAAGGAGAGAGAGCUCUUCCAUCUAUCCCAAAAGCUCCAAAAUCGGCAAACCAUGAGAAAAGAUUGCAAGGAGUCCGGGCCAAAGCCAUCUCCAUUUCAGAUGAUAUUGGUGGGGAUGAAACAGACGACUACGCUGAGAUCAUAGACGAAGAGGACACAUACACCAUGCCUUCCAAAUAUUAUGGACUAGAUGAAGCCAGGGACUAUGAGAUCCAAAGAGAUAGAAUUGAGCUGGGACGCUGUAUCGGAGAGGGCCAGUUUGGAGAUGUCCAUCAAGGGAUUUACAUAUGUCCGGAGAACCCAGCUCUUUCUGUGGCGAUAAAGACGUGUAAGAAUUGCACCUCGGACAGUGUUCGAGAGAAAUUUCUCCAGGAGGCCUUGACCAUGCGACAGUUCGAUCACCCACAUAUUGUAAAGCUGAUUGGCAUCAUUACAGAAAACCCAGUGUGGAUCAUCAUGGAGCUGUGCACGCUGGGGGAGUUGCGUUCCUUUCUUCAGAUUAGGAAGUACAGUCUGGAUUUAGCAUCACUCAUCCUGUUUUCUUACCAGCUCAGCACAGCUCUUGCGUACCUGGAGAGCAAACGCUUUGUACACAGGGACAUUGCGGCACGGAACGUUCUGGUAUCUUCAGUGGACUGUGUGAAGCUGGGAGACUUUGGUUUGUCUAGAUACAUGGAGGACAGCUCUUAUUAUAAAGCCUCUAAAGGAAAACUGCCUAUUAAAUGGAUGGCGCCAGAGUCAAUAAACUUCAGACGUUUUACCUCAGCCAGCGACGUGUGGAUGUUUGGGGUGUGUAUGUGGGAGAUACUGAUGUACGGAGUAAAGCCGUUUCAAGGCGUGAAGAAUAACGAUGUGAUAGGCCGAAUUGAGAACGGCGAGCGUCUGGCUAUGCCGCUCAACUGCCCACCAACCCUCUACAGCCUGAUGACCAAGUGCUGGGCGUAUGACCCCAGCAAACGACCACGAUUCACUGAGCUCAAAGGCCAACUAAGUACAAUCCUCGGGGAGGAGAAGGCUCAGCAGGAGGAGCGCAGCCGUAUGGAGAUGAGGAGGCAGGUCCCCGUAUCCUGGGACUCAGGAGGCUCGGACGAAGCACCACCCAAACCCAGUCGACCUGGUUAUCCAAGUCCCCGCUCCAGUGAAGGGUUCUACCCUAGUCCUCAGCACAUGGGCCAGCACAAUCAUUACCAGAUGGCAGGGCACUCAGGCCCACACGGCUUGCUUCCAGUGCCCAGCGGGAUGUACCCUACCCAGGCCGCAGGGACUGUACUUGAUCCCCACGACAGCUGGAACCAUUGCAGGGCUGCUCAGGAUCACAUGUGGAAUCCCAGCAUGGAGGAUGGUGUGUCUGUGUGCGGUGGUCUGUCGCAGCUGAUGGAGGAGCAGUUAUUGCUGCAGCAGCAGCAGAUGGAGGAUGAUCAGCGUUGGUUGGAGCAGGAGGAGAGACUACUGCAGAAGCCUGAUGGGAGAAGUUCCAGAGGCAGCAUCGACCGUGAUGAUGGAAGCCUUCAGGGACCAAUUCAGCCUCAGGAGAUCAACCCACCCCCAACAGCUAACUUAGAUCGGUCCAACGAUAAGGUCUAUGAAAAUGUGACUGGGCUGGUGAAGGCUGUGAUUGAGAUGUCCAGUAAAAUCCAGCCAGCUCCCCCUGAAGAAUACGUGCCCAUGGUGAAGGAAGUGGGAUUAGCACUGAGAACACUGCUGGCCACUGUGGAUGAGACGAUACCUUUACUACCAGCUCACACGCACAGAGAGAUUGAAAUGGCUCAGAAGCUUCUAAAUUCAGACCUGGCUGAGCUGAUCAAUAAGAUGAAGUUGGCCCAGCAAUACGUCAUGACCAGCCUGCAGCAGGACUACAAGAAACAGAUGCUAACAGCUGCACACGCACUUGCCGUAGAUGCCAAGAACCUGCUGGAUGUGAUUGACCAGGCCAGGCUGAAGAUGUUGGGCCAGACACGACCGCAUUAG